GUUUAGGUUCGGGUUUGGCAGAGGGGAAGGAGAGGGAGGGGGUGUUGGUUUGUUGCUGUCCGUCUGUGUUUAUACUUAUAGAUCACUUGCAGGGCCAGGGGGGGGGGAGAGAGAGAGAGAGCGAGAGUGGCUUCUUUUUUCCACUAGAAAAGACUGCAACUUUGCUCUUCCAUUUCUCUCUCUACCUCUCGUUUUCCCGUUGAAAUGAACAAGUGAUUGAAAUUGGAAACUGAAAAAGCUACAGCUUCCAGGAUUUUAUUGUGGGGGCAAGCAAAAAACGUUUUCUGCGUAGUAAGCUCCAGCUGGUACUGACCCACCACCACUGUCAAAAGGAAAUGGAAUUCCAUUUUCUGGGUUCUGGUAAGUUUUUCCUUCCCACCACCACACUGCGUGCUUUUCAACUGUAAAUUCGUUUCUUCUUCAAUACAAAUUAUUUGUGAGUUCCGUGUCCAAAUUCAUUGGUGUUUUUAUGUGGGUUUCUCGUUUCUUGUAGUUUGUGGAGAUCUUCUCCUCCUUCUUCAGAUGUCUGCUGCUCCGUGCUUACUUUAGCUCGGUGUUAUUGAAUAUAUUCCAAGCUACUUCAACGCUUGUGUUUGUGUCUCAACCUAAUUUGACUGUUGCUGUUGCUGCCGCUUUCUGGGUAACUAUCCCCUUUUGUUUUUCCGCUCUAAAAGGCCUUUCAGCUACUCGUUGUGCCUAAUUUGUUGCUUAAGGCUGUUGAUUCUGUGAUAAAAUAGCGAUGCUUUUUCAAUUUUGUGGUCGGGUUGUAGGUGUUCUUCCGGCUUUUGCGCUAAAAUCGUGAAAAGGGUUUCCCUGUUUCGUUUUUCUGUUUGGUGCGAGUGAAGUACUUCUUCUAGGCAUCAGCAAUUAAGGGAAGAAGGAAUAUUUUACUUCUUUUUUUUUUGGGAGAAGCAUAAUGGUUUCAAGAUCAUACUCCAACCUUCUCGAGCUUGCCUCUGGUGACUCUCCAUCCUUUGGUCGAAUGAGUAGAAGAAUUCCAAGGAUCAUGACCGUGGCCGGUAUCAUUUCCGAUCUGGAUGAUGAUCCAUCGGAGAGUGUGUGCUCUGACCCGUCUUCCUCUUCUGCCCAGAGGGACCGGAUAAUCAUCGUAGCCAAUCAGCUCCCCAUAAGGGCCCAGAGAAAAUCGGAUGGCAGCAAGUCAUGGAUAUUCACUUGGGAUGACAACUCACUUCUUCUUCAGCUGAAAGAUGGGUUGGGUGAUGACGAUCUUGAUGUCAUCUACGUUGGUUGCUUGAAUUCAGAAGUUCACCCAAGCGAACAAGACGAAGUGUCACAGAUUUUGUUGGAAACCUUCAAAUGUGUCCCAACUUUCCUUCCAAACGAUCUCUUUAGUCGCUACUACCAUGGCUUCUGUAAGCAACAGUUGUGGCCACUAUUCCAUUACAUGUUGCCUUUGUCUCCAGACCUUGGAGGUAGGUUCAACCGUUCCUUGUGGCAGGCAUAUGUGUCGGUGAACAAGAUUUUUGCUGACCGGAUCAUGGAAGUGAUCAAUCCCGAAGAUGAUUAUGUCUGGGUCCAUGAUUACCAUUUGAUGGUGUUGCCAACUUUCUUGAGGAAAAGGUUCAACCGGGUGAAACUGGGGUUCUUCCUCCAUAGCCCAUUCCCUUCGUCCGAGAUUUACAAGACUUUGCCUAUCAGGGAAGAAAUUCUACGGGCACUGUUAAAUUCAGAUUUGAUUGGGUUCCAUACUUUCGACUAUGCCAGGCAUUUCUUGUCAUGCUGCAGUAGAAUGCUUGGUCUAACUUAUGAGUCGAAAAGGGGAUAUAUUGGUCUGGAGUACUGCGGUCGAACUGUUAGCAUCAAAAUUCUUCCCGUUGGUAUCCACAUGGGUCAGCUUCAGUCGGUAUUGAGCCUUUCCGAGACCGAGAAAAGGGUGCAAGAGCUGAUCGACCAGUUUUAUGAAAAAGGCAGGAUAAUGUUGUUGGGAGUGGAUGACAUGGAUAUCUUCAAAGGGAUAAGCUUGAAGCUAUUAGCUAUGGAGCAGUUACUAUUGCAGCAUCCAGAGUGGCAAGAGAAAGUGGUGCUGGUUCAAAUAGCAAAUCCUGCUAGAGGCAGGGGCAAAGACGUGAAAGAAGUCCAGGCCGAGACUUACUCCACUGUCAAGCGGAUUAACGAGACAUUUGGUAGGCCAGGGUACAACCCUGUUGUGCUGAUCGAUGCCCCACUAAAGUUCUAUGAGAAAGUUGCCUAUUAUGCUGUUGCAGAGUGUUGCUUGGUGACUGCUGUUAGGGAUGGAAUGAAUCUCAUACCUUAUGAGUACGUCAUCAGCCGCCAAGGGAACGAGCAACUAGAUAAAGUGUUGGGACACAAAUCGUCGAUGAAGAAGAGCAUGCUGGUGAUAUCCGAGUUUAUAGGCUGCUCGCCUUCCUUGAGUGGAGCGAUUCGAGUCAAUCCGUGGAAUAUUGACGCGGUGGCUGAUGCAAUGGAUCUCGCCUUGGUGAUGGCGGACUCAGAGAAACAACUUAGGCAUGAAAAGCAUUAUAGAUAUGUGAGCACACAUGACGUUGGGUAUUGGGCGCGUAGUUUUCUUCAGGACUUGGAAAGGACGUGUAGAGAUCAUUCAAAGAGGAGGUGCUGGGGGAUUGGGUUUGGGUUGAGCUUUAGAGUUGUGGCACUUGAUCCGAACUUCAGGAAGCUGUCGAUGGAACAUAUUGUUUCAGCUUAUAAGAGGACCACGACAAGGGCGAUCCUACUGGACUAUGAUGGUACUCUAAUGCCUCAGGGGUCGAUCGACAAAAGCCCUUCACAGAAGACUAUACAAAUCCUGAACAGCUUGUGUAGGGAUAAGAACAACAUUGUUUUCCUUGUCAGUGCCAGAAGCCGGCAGACGCUUGGGGAAUGGUUUUCCCAGAUUGAGGACAUGGGUUUAGCUGCUGAGCAUGGUUACUUUUUCAGGCUAAUGCGAGACGUGGAGUGGGAGACAUGUGUGGCUGCAGCUGAUACUAGUUGGAAGCAGAUUGCUGAGCCAGUGAUGCAGCUUUACACCGAGACAACUGACGGAUCAACGAUUGAAGAUAAGGAAACUGCACUUGUGUGGUGUUAUGAGGAUGCUGACCCAGAUUUUGGUUCAUGCCAAGCGAAAGAACUUCUUGAUCAUCUUGAAAGUGUUUUGGCCAAUGAACCUGUCACCGUCAAGAGUGGACAGAACAUAGUGGAGGUUAAACCUCAGGGAGUGAGCAAGGGGCUAGUUGCGAAACGCCUGCUCGCCACCAUGGAAGAGAAACAACUAACGCCUGACUUUGUGGUAUGCAUUGGAGAUGAUCGGUCAGAUGAAGACAUGUUUGAGGUGAUAACAAGUUCCAUGGCGGGCCUAACAUCAUUGAACCCAAGGUCAGAAGUGUUUGCAUGCACGGUUGGUAAGAAACCCAGCAAGGCUAAGUACUAUCUGGACGAUACAGCAGAGAUCGUGAGGUUGAUGCAGGGUCUGGCUUCUGUCUCUGAACAAAACCUUACCAUUUAAGUCCGUGAUGGGCUUUUCAGAGCUGGUAAGGGGGCCCCUUCAAUAGAAUGUUAGCUAUAGAUUUGGGAAACAAGACAAUGUAAAGCGGUUUGUUCGAGUUUGUACCAUCAUUCGAGUUUGCUUGGCUUUGCUUUCUUCCCCAUUUGUGUAUAAAGUUGUUUCUCUUAAGAACAUUUCUACAAUCGUCGAUGGAGUACCAUCUUCUGCGUUUUCAAAAUGAAUGAAUGCCUUUGUUUAGUCCGUAUUCUAGAAGUAUUUUUCGCUUCAAAA